AUGUUUACUUUGUGGACUUUAGUGGAGGCUUCCUUAUUGUGUCUAAAUGCCGUAUGCGUUCUACACGAAGAACGGUUUUUGGCCAAAUUCGGAUGGGGUGGUCAACAACAAAAUACCGAGUUCGGACAACCAACUGCUAAAGCCCAAAUUCUGAAUUUAGUAAGAUCUAUCCGUACUGUGGCCAAAAUUCCUUUAAUAUUUCUCAACAUUAUAGCAAUAAUAUUUAAGUUAUUACUAGGCUAAUAAUUUGCAUUA